UGGUGAAUGCAUCUUCUUUCCAGAGCUUCAGUUCUUUAGACUGGGAGGCACAUGUCAGACGUCUUUUGACAACAGCUUUGCACCUGUUUUUUGCUGUUGUGUCUAGCAGAUGGAUCUACCCACGGAUCUUUCGUCCAGGUUAUGGAUGCUUAUUAUUAUUAUUAUUUUUAUGUGGAUUUUGAUCAGCCUCGUCUUCAUCUUGAUCAACAAGUGCAUUUCAAAGGCAGGAAAACUCAGAAUCGCAGAGCUCCAGAGAAUGUCUGGCUUCUCCACCAAGAGCAAUCAAUACCAGGGGGGCGAGUAUGUUUCGGAGAUCCCACCUUUACCUCCUCGGACACAGUUUCUCCUCACAGAGGCCCAAAGUUAUGAGAACCUGGACGCCGCAGAUGAUCAGACUGAUCGGACUGAUCAGACUGAUCAGAUCGUCCACGAGCAGGACGUCCCAGACUACGAGCAGGUUGACCAGGACGUCCCGGACUACGAGCAGGACGUCCCACACUACGAGCAGGACGUCCCAGACUACGAGCAGGUUGACCAGGACGUCCCGGACUGCGAGCAGGACGUCCCAGACUACGAGCAGGUUGACCAGGACGUCCCAGACUGCGAGCAGGACGUCCCGGAAUACGAGCAGGACGUCUCAGACUACGAGCAGGUUGACCAGGACGUCCCGGACUGCGAGCAGGACGUCCCAGACUACGAGCAGGUUGACCAGGACGUCCCAGACUGCGAGCAGGACGUCCCGGAGUACGAGCAGGACGUCUCAGACUACGAGCAGGUUGACCAGGACGUCCCAGACUACGAGCAGAUUGACCAGGACGUCGCAGACUACGAGCAGGACAAGCAGUCCGACUCUUUGAAGGCGGUGGGUGAGGACGAGCCUCUCCCUCUGAUUCCACGGUACCCAGAUCUAGAUCCAGCAGCAGACAGUUUCUCAGAGGACGACUACGACGACAUCGGGGGUGAAGAUGAAACCGAGGGGGAAGAGGACUACGACGAUGUGGCUUAGGACCACAAGAGAACGGGAGAGAGAUCAUUCAAGUAAAGACGCUGUCAACCCUCUGGAUCAGAACGAAGUCCCCCGGGCAGGUGGAAGGUUUUCAUGUGUUUCAUAAGUAGAAGGGGUGGUUGUCUGUAGUUAAUGUGUGGUUUUCAAGGACAAAGAAGAGGCAGAACACAUACGUGACUCAUUUUCCAGGCAAAGGAUGUGGUCAGUUUAAUCUACAGGAAUACUUCAUAUUCUAAUCAUCCAUGUUUGUAGCGUCUAAAAAGAACAACCUGCCUGUUUUCAGCUAAGAGGCUUUUUAAAAUAGUUGAUUCCAUUUAAGGGGAAGGAGGAUUUCCUUUAUCUCUUUAUUCAGUUUAUCAGAAACACUCUACAUCCGCAUCUGGACACGUGGUUUUCACUUGGCAGGAAGGGGAUGAAAAACAGUCAUCUGAAAAGAAACUAAAGCCGUCAGCGAAAUGUGGUAGAGAAAACAGUACAAUACAAUUAUGAGUAAGUACAUUAAAUAGGAAAACUUGAGUAAAAAACCUAUUGAUUGGUUUAGAAAGCAGACAAGGCUCAGAGGCAUUUCCUCCUUCUUCUUUUCUGCUGAAUCCCAAGUUUUAGAGACUCUGAUCCCGGUUUGGUUACGACUGCGUCAUCAGUCGAGCCGUCGAAGGCUUAAAAUAACUAUAAAAAAAAAAAAAUGUUUUUAUGCUGCCGUGUGGUUGACGCUGCAUUCUGAUUGUACAGCUGUUGAUUGUUGUUGCGCUUUAUGAGCUUUGACUCACCUGUCAAUGUAGCUGGGUUGCAUUUAAGUAAUUUAGCAUGUUAACAUAGUCCGUGCAUGUAGAAGUCAUGGAGUCGAACUCGCACUUGAGUAUUGUUAAAACAAUCUCUUACCCUGCUUGGAGUAAUGUCACGCUCAUCCUCCGUCUUAUACGUUCCAUCUCCACAGGGGUCGUGUCGGGCCCCUCGGGUGGCAGCAGGCCCUCAGCAGCCUCUCAGCCCGGUCGUCCUCUGUGGAUCCAAACAUUGGAUUCAAAAAGGGAAAGAAUUCUACCAAAAAACAUAGUUAUUUGAUCUCCGUUUAUGAAAAAGCGCCGUUAAGCCAGCAGUUUGGUGACCCACAUACAUAAUCUCUCACACUCUGACCACAUAAUAACAUCCUGCCAGUCAUCAGUCACUGCCUUACGUAGCCCUCGGGAAGUUUUAAUGAAUAUAAGUGGAUUUGAAUGCCUCGGUUUAGGAUUAAGUGAUCUGACGGCGCUCCAAAGAGACAAUGCAGGAAAAGAAAAAGCUGGGGGAAAAAAAAGAGGGGAAAUUUUUUUGGGGGAAAAAAAUCCAGCGAAAACAGGAAGGUCACUGAGGUUAAACAAUUUAAAAAUGUGAAGAAAAAGACAAGAUUCUUUCCUUUUUUCUUUUUUACAGUCUGUGCUGGCAUUGUCCACUGUGCAGCUGAUUGAUGGAAUACUUAACUAAUAAUAUAUUAUUUAGCACAUGAAAAUAUAUUAAAAUGUUUUUUUGAUGGAUUUAACACAUUAUAAUGUACUUGUCAGUGUAUAUUUAGUGUGUAUUAAUGUGCUGUGAUUGCCAACAAUCAUAACCACGUAAGACAGUUAUAUUUUCAUGUAGUUCAGGAAGAGUUUGGAUUGUUUACCACAUUAAUAGAAGGAUUUGUCUUAUAAUUAGGUUCAUAUAGUUAUUGGCUCUCUAACAGAAAACAUUUUCGUAGGAAAAUCUUUCGUUUUUCACAAGGACUUUAAUUUUGAAGAAUCUAAAACGGAAGUGUAGCUGUAGCUAAAGGUGUGGGUUUGAAACAGCAAGCCCACGCUUUCUUUUUUGAAAAUUCGUAUAAAUAUUAGAUUGUGUUGAUAGAUGAGAGGAGACAAUGCUGUUUGAAAAAGAGUUCAAAAGGAAUAUUGACUCCUAAAAAACUUUAUUUUAUGUUAAAAACGUGCAUCUUUAUCAACACUAUUACAGCAACAGAUAGAAAUAUAUAAACGUCCAAUUCGAUUCAAUUUUAAAAAUACCAUCAGAAAUUAUAUGCAAAAAAACAAUAAACAACCACAUACCACGGUGAAAACACAAAUGUACUUUCCGUUACAGUAUUAUCUGUUUUAUCAGAGGCUUAUAUUAUUUUGGGAUAUUUUUAUUGCCUGAUUUUGUUGGUCUCAAUGUUGUCCUGAAAUGUUUUAAUCCCAGUUUAACCACCAAAGGCACUUUGUUUAAAGUAUAACAUGCUGUAUGAAUUUGGUUGAUUAUUAAGAUGAUUGUUCCAAAAUUGUUUUGUGUUUUAUUCACACAAAGAUUUCACGUGUUGUGGAUAAAAUGUUCAAUGUAUUUUAGAAGUGCAGCAUAAUAUUUAGUUUACCUAAGCGUAGUGUGUAGCAACCUGACAUCCUGCCUGUACAGAUAAAACGUGAUUUGCUUUUUAAUAAUAGUUAUGGGAUGCACCAUGAUGUAAUAAAUAAAACGUAACGAUAGAGCUAUUUAUAAAACAAUGCAGUUCCGGUUUUAAAGCUGUAUUUGGUGGUACAAGUGAAAGUUGUUACGUUAAUUGUUGCUAUUGUUACAGUGACUUUCCCCUCUACUGUUUAACAGUUUAAUUUGGUGUGUUUCCUUCCUCCUUAAAUAUGAAUGAUACUAUCUGAACGGUUGUAUGAAUUGUUGGUGUCUUUUCUUAUUAGAAUAAAUUCUUUGCACUCUU